CUCGCUGUCGCACUGAAGGAGAGAGCAAGACAACGGGAGCGGAAAGAGCGAGCGGGGCCAGAGAAGACCAGAGGAUAGAGAUACCGGUCUCGAUUUGGGGGAGGAAGAUAACUUAAGAGUGACAUCAUAUCUACCGGAGGCACAAAGUGGAGGAUAAAACAGGCGAGCACCCUAUGUGUGUGGGGACGGAGCCACUCAGGGGACACACAGAUGUGAGCGACGCGCACGAAAAACGACUCAGGUGCAGAGAACCCAAACUGGCGGCGCAAUUAUAGGAUGCAGAAGUCACCAGUGGAAGAUGCAAACUUCUUUUCCAAAUAUUUCUUCUGGUGGGCAUCACCGCUGCUGAAGAAGGGCUUUACAAAGAAGUUGGAGCUGUCAGAUGUGUAUAAGGCUCCUUCCUUUGAUCUGGCAGACAACCUCUCUGAGAGACUCGAAAGAGAAUGGGACAGAGAGGUGGUCUCAGCCAAGAACCAGCCCAGGCUGAUGAAAGCGCUGGCCCGCUGCUUCAUUGGCCCGUUCGCCUUCUUUGGUGUCCUCCUCUACCUCGGGGAGGCUUCCAAGACAGUGCAGCCACAGCUUCUGGGUCGCAUCAUUGCCUCCUUCGACCCGUUCCACGCUCCGGAGCGGAGCCAGGGUUACUUCCUGGCCCUCGGUCUCUGCCUUCUCUUCACCGCCCGCUUCCUCCUGCUGCAACCUGCCAUCUUUGGCCUGCAUCACCUGGGCAUGCAGAUCCGCAUCGCCCUUUUCAGUCUUAUAUACAAGAAGACCCUAAAGCUGUCCAGUCGAGUCUUGGACAAGAUCAGCACUGGUCAGCUGGUCAGUCUGAUGUCCGCCCACCUCAACAAGCUGGAUGAGAGCUUGGGUCUGGCCCACUUUGUAUGGAUCACCCCUCUGCAGUGUAUAUUGUGUGUGGGUCUGAUCUGGGAGCUGAUCGAGGUGAACGGCUUUUGUGCUCUGGCAGCUUUGACUCUGCUGGGCAUCAUCCAGGCUUGGCUCAGCCAGAAGAUGGGACCACACCGGAUGAAGCGUGCAGGGAUGAUCAACCGCCGCCUGGCUCUCACCUCAGAGAUUGUGGAGAACAUCCACUCUGUGAAGGCGUAUGGUUGGGAGGACGUGAUGGAGACCAUCAUCAAGAACAUCAGACAGGACGAGAUGACGCUGACAAGGAAGAUUGGUUCUCUGCGGUAUUUCUACAGCGCCUCGUACUUCUUUUCCGCCAUCUUGGUCAUUGUAUCUGCCAUUGUACCACACGCACUCAGUAAAGGAAUCAUCCUGCGCCGUAUCUUCACCACAGCCUCCUACUGCAUGGUGCUGCGUAUGACACUGACUCGCCAGCUGCCAGGAUCCAUCCAGAUGUGGUACGACACGCUCGCACUGGUCAAGAAGAUCGAGGAAUUCCUGAUGAAGGAAGAAUACAGAGUGCUGGAGUACAACCUAACCACCACCGAAGUGGAGCUGGUCAACGUGUCUGCAUCUUGGGACGAGGGCAUUGGCGAGCUGUUUGAGAAGAUCAAGCAGGAGAACAAAGCAAACGGACACCUGAACGGUGACGCCGGCCUCUUCUUCACUAACCUGUACGUCACACCUGUUCUCAAAAACAUCAGCCUGUACCUGGAGAAGGGAAAAAUGCUGGCGGUGGCUGGAUCCACUGGCUCAGGGAAGAGCUCCCUGCUCAUGAUGAUCCUGGGAGAGUUGGUGCCUUCAGAGGGUAAAAUCAGACACAGCGGUCGCAUCUCCUUCUCACCACAGACCUCCUGGAUCAUACCGGGGACAAUACGAGACAACAUCUUGUUUGGCCUGACCUAUGACGAGUACCGCUACACCUCCGUCAUCAAGGCCUGCCAGCUGGAGGAGGACUUUGCCUUGCUGCCUGAGAAAGACAAGACGCACCUCAUCGAAGGAGGGGUGACCCUCAGCGGCGGUCAAAGGGCACGUCUUGGCCUGGCCAGGGCUGUGUAUAAAGAUGCAGACCUCUACCUGCUGGAUGCACCUUUCACCCACCUGGACAUCGUGACAGAGAAAGAGAUCUUUGAGAAAUGCGUCUGUAAACUCAUGGCCUCCAAGACACGUAUUGUGGUCACCAGCAAGAUGGAGCAUCUCAAACGAGCAGACAAAAUCCUCCUGCUGCACAACGGAGACUGCUACUUCUACGGCACCUUCUCAGAGCUGCAGGCCAAGCGGCCUGACUUCAGCUCCCUCCUCCUCGGCCUGGAAGCUUAUGACAACAUCAACGCAGAGCGACGUAGCUCCAUCCUCACAGAAACUCUACGCAGGGUAUCCAUUGACGAAACCGCUGUCUUCCGAGGCCCAGAGUCAAUUCGCCAGUCAUUCCGCCAGCCACCACCUCCAAUAACCGUCUCCGGAUCCCAAGGCCAUCCUGGAGGUGAUGGCUACCCAGAAAAACGCAAACAGUCCCUCAUCCUCAGUCCCUUGGCAGCUGCUCGCAAAUUCUCCUUCAUCGGGAACUCCCAACAAACUGCAAAUACUACCCAGUCCAUGACAAUGGAGGACGGGGUUCGUGAACUUUCUGAAAGGAAAUUCUCUGUCGUACCUGAGGAUGAUCAAGUAGAGGAGGUGCUCCCCAGGGGGAACAUGUACCAUCAUGGGUUGCAGCACCUCAACGGGCAGCGGCGCCAGUCUGUCCUGGCGUUCAUCACCAACUCUCAGGGCCAGGAGCGCCGAGAGCAGAUACAGUCUUCCUUCAGGAAAAAGCUGUCAAUCACACCACAGUGCGACCUGGCGUCUGAGCUGGACAUUUACGCCCGCCGCCUGUCCAAGGACAGCGUUUAUGAUAUUAGUGAGGAAGUGGAUGAAGAAGACAUGGAGCAAUGCUUUGCAGAUGAACGUGAGAACAUCUUUGAAACUACCUCAUGGAGCACUUAUCUACGCUACAUCACCACCAACAGGAGCUUAGUCUACGUCCUAAUUUUCAUCGUCUUUGUCUUCAUCAUUGAGGUUGCUGGUUCGGUCAUUGGCAUUUUCCUCAUUACAGACACGAUCUGGAGGGACGGCGCCAACCCUUCAUCACCCAACUACAUCGAUGAGCAGCACCCCAAUGCUUCGUCGACCCCCGUCCACCUGGCAGUCAUCGUCACACCGACCAGUGCUUACUACAUUAUCUACAUCUACGUGGCCACAUCGGAGAGCGUGCUGGCUUUGGGAUUCUUCAGGGGUCUCCCACUAGUGCACACAUUACUCACUGUGUCCAAAAGACUGCAUGAACAGAUGCUUAGCGCUGUAAUACGAGCACCCAUGGCUAUGCUCAAUACUAUGAAGACAGGCCGCAUCAUGAACAGAUUUACUAAGGACAUGGCCACCAUAGAUGACAUGCUGCCUCUGGUGCUGUUUGACCUCAUACAGCUUACAUUGAUUGUUACGGGGGCCAUCUUCACUGUGUCAAUCAUGCGGCCUUACAUCUUCCUCGCUGCCAUCCCAUUGGCUAUCAUCUUUGUUGUCCUCAGAAAGUAUUUCUUACGAACUGGACAGCAACUCAAGCUACUGGAGGCUGAAGCUCGCAGCCCAAUCUUCUCCCACCUCAUCAUCUCGCUGAAGGGUUUAUGGACAAUUCGGGCAUUUGGGCGUCAGACCUACUUUGAGACACUGUUUCACAAGGCGCUGAACACUCACACAGCCACCUGGUUCCACUACCUGGCCACACUGCGAUGGUUCCUCUUCCGCUGUGACAUGAUCUUUGUCCUGUUCUUCACCGCCGCUGCCUUCAUCGCCGUGGGAACCAACCAGGACAAACCAGGAGAGGUUGGCAUCAUCGUGGCCCUAGCCAUGCUCAUUCUGGGGACUUUCCAAUGGGCUGUCAUCACCAGCAUCACUGUAGAUGGACUGAUGCGUUCGGUAGAUCGAGUGUUUAAGUUCAUCGACUUGCCAACAGAGGAGCCGAUGCCAGGGAAAUCCGGUGGUAAAGGAGGCCCCGACCUCGUCAUCGACAACCCUCAUGCCCAAGACUAUUGGCCCAACCGCGGUCAGAUGGACGUCCAGGGCCUCACUGUGAAAUACACAGAGGCUGGACGUGCUGUCCUCAAUGACAUCUCCUUCUCUGUGGAUGGUGGUCAGAGCAUUGGUCUGCUGGGUCGAACAGGUUCAGGGAAGAGCACCCUGCUCUCCGCUCUGCUGCGUCUUGCCUCCACUGACGGAGAAAUCUCCAUUGAUGGAGUCUCCUGGAGCUCUGUCUCCCUGCACACGUGGAGGAAGGCCUUUGGAGUGGUUCCACAGAGAGUCUUUAUUCUGACCGGCACUUUCCGGAUGAACCUGGACCCACACGGACGUUACAGUGAUGAGGAGCUGUGGAGGGUAGCUGAGGAGGUGGGUUUGAAGUCGGUGAUCGAGCAGUUUCCAGACAAGCUGGACUUUCAGCUGGAGGAUGGAGGCAACGUGUUGAGCAACGGACACAAACAACUGCUGUGUCUCGCCCGCUCCAUCCUCAGCAAGGCACGCAUCCUGCUGCUGGACGAACCCUCCGCCUACCUCGACCCCAUAACGUUACAGGUCCUGAGGAAGACGCUGAAGCAGUCGUUCUCUGACUGCACCGUCAUCCUAUCAGAGCACAGAGUGGAGCCGCUGCUGGAGUGUCAGUCAUUCCUGAUGAUUGAAGGCAGCUCCAUGAAAAGUUACGACUCCAUCCAGAAGCUGCUGAACGAGACAAGUCAUCUGAAACAGGCCAUGAGCCCCGCUGACCGGCUCCGCCUCUUCCCAACACUGCACCGCCUCAACUCUAGCAAGAGGGCGCCGCCGCAGACCGCCAAGAUCUCGUCCCUGCCAGAGGAAGCUGAGGAUGAAGUCCACGACACUCGCCUCUAACCGGCCAGACACACACACACACACACACACGCACCUCUAACUCUAAUGGACAAAAAGGAGGGUUUGACCCAGUGUUUUGAUACUGAGUGUUCAGUAGUUUUACGUUUUUGAGCAGUUAUUCCCUCAAAUUAAAAGUGAGACAGCAUCUCAGUCACUGUGGGACACUAAAACCCUCAACCGGUACCCAGACAAAUUAUUUUAUAUAACUGUAGGAAAACUCACUUCACACUGAAUAAUUAGAGAAUAAAAUCAAAAAGUAAAUGUGAGAAAAUUUUCAUCAUAUUGACAUCAAACAAAAUUGACUUGUUUAUUCUUGAUUUUAAGUAAACAAACACCAAUGUAUAUAUUUAACCCUCAUAUGCAUACAUGUAACACGUACAGUAAAAACACAGCAAAGAGCCGUCCACUGACAUGCAUUUCACUGUCUCACAAUGAUGCUGAUGUAUGGAGCUCAUUUAUUGGUGGGAAUAUACACGAAAAGAAGUGGUAGAGGAAGUCUUGCACACAAUAAAUUAAAUUCUAGAUGGAUUUAAACAAUGUACAGGGAAGAAUGAGGGCUGAGGUUACAGAAGUAGAACUUCAAAUUACAAGUGUGCAACACUACAUCUUGAAUGUUGACCAACACAGUACAACAUAGCUGCAAGUUUAGAAAAGAUAUUAGUAAAAACAAAAAUCUGCAGGUACCAAAAUUGAAACGUUUGUUCUGUGUGUCACUAAAUUAGUAUGAAAGAUAAACUCCUCCAUGUAACAUGGACCACCUGGGAGCAGAGCCAGAUAGAAAAAAGAAGUAAAUGUGGUGUGUAAAUUAAGCACAUAAUAACUUCUGCAAAAUCUAUGCUUCAGUCUGACUGACUGGACACUUUUUUUUAACCAUUUGAGUGCCUUUGCAGGUUUCAGUCAGUCAGUUUGCCCUGCAACAAAAAAAAAAAAAGUUUUUGCUCUGAAAAUGCAGAAACUGUUUAAAUAAAAAUGUAAUUGACUUGAAUUAAUGGAUUACUUUCUGUUCUGACUAGUGAACAACCAGCCUUUCGUUUGUUUUAACUCAGACUGAACACAGAAUAGCAGCCACUGUAGAAAUCUGACUCGCUGUAUGUAUCUUGCAUCCGGGAGUGAUCAGAUUGGAGCUUCCUUCUCCUGUAAUUACAAUGUGUAACUCAGCAGUGUGAGCAAACAGACAGUAAGGACUUCACAGCACAACAUUAACCCAUCGUAUGCACAUAAUCCAAUCAGCUUCAGGUAGCUAGCAGGAACCCUUCGUGUUUGUUAGUGUUGCUUCUGCUCUGGGGGUGCUUCACAAUCCUGCCGGCAGACAUCCCAUCGUCUACAUGUUAUGAACUGUAAAGGUUAUUAUCUAGAUAUAUAAUGAUCAAUCAAGGCACCCAGCUUCACUGUUUGCUGGCAAUAAAUAAAAAUAUAGUGCUGCUUUAUUCUUAAAUGCUGCUUGUGGAGGCUUGUUGAAAACCAUUUUUUUUCCGAUUGACUUUGUGAUAUUAAGCAGCCUGGUGAGCAGUCAGUCCAGCCACUGGCGAUUCAAACAGCUGCAGCAUAUGUUAGAAUCAGCGUACACUGAAUGGAUGGAUGCAUCAGUAGUGCUUAAUUACCGCUGACUGUCUUGCUUCUGAUGUGAAUUCCCAGUCAAACCUCGGCUCAGUUUGAAUAAAUCUCACAUUUUAGUGUGGACGAGGAAAACAAAGCUCCUCCAGCACUUUCAUGUUAAGAGAACUACUUUCUUGUGGCUCAAUGAAUCAUUGCUGCAAUCAUUUCAGCGAUACAGACGUUAUACCUUAUUUAAUGUUAUCACACAACAAGUAUUUGAUUAAUGUCGCUGUUGUGAACAGAAAGCAUUAAUGAGCAAAGGACAAAUAUCACCGUUUAUAUAACAGAAUAAUUCACUAUAUAGUAACACUACUGCUGCUAACACACAGUUUAAGCACUCUGUUUGUAUACAGGCUGUUGUAUGUACAAACUGUACGUAAUAGGCUGGAAAGAGACAAAAAAAAAAAGGAAAAAUCUGAAUAUCCUACAGAUAAAGAGAGAUCAGAGCUCUGUGAAACACUUGUAGAGAAUCAAAGGAAACUGCAGCUCAGAGUCUUCUACAGUGGCUUCGAAAAUCUUCUGAAUGUUUGCUUUAGUAUCUUUGGUUAGUCAGCAUAAGCCUGCAGUAACUUCACACACACACACACACACACCAAAGGUGACGCUGUUCUCUCCGACUCUUCUGACGAGUGUUGACUCAGAUACCCUUAUUUUUCUAUCUGAAUGCACUUUAGAGACACCCUGAGGUACUCAUCAGCUUCCACAGCAAACAGUCAGAUGAUUAAACGCUUUUCAAUUCCUCCAUAAAAUGAAGUGUAGAUGUAGAAUUGUGACCUUUGAUAACAAAUUAUUCUUUUUACUUUCAUUUUUCAGCCUCUGUUGCUUGAUGAAUUACAGAGAGGAGCCAGUCAUUCAUCCAAGAAACAAACAUUUUCUAUGUGAAAUAAAGUAUAUUUUUUCAGAGCCUGUGCUGUACAAACGCAAACAUUAAGCAUUUCUUUUUUUUUUUUAUCAUUUUCCAAGUUCUAUCUGUACUUUCCUCGGAAACUGGAAAGCAUUUUGACUCUUCUAACGUCUUUAUUUUCUUUGGUUGAGGGAAGAGUGCGUUGCUCCUAUCUUUCUGAAUAAGAGUUUUGUAAAGCAGUGAUGCAGAAAAUGAAGGUACCAUGGAGAAAUGCCUUGAUGUGUUAACUGUGACCAAUGAGAGUUUUUUUAUUACAAAGUAAAUUAAGAAAAAAGCUGUUUCUUACUCAUAGGAAAAAGGGACACAGAUGUCCAAAACAUGUAUAAAUGUAUUUGUUCAAUCAACUAUAUUUCCAGUAAAAAUAAGAUUUUGAGAA